AUGACGGUAACGCAGAUCAGAGAACAGACCAGAGUGGAAAAUAUGAUCAGCAGUAUUAAGAAGAAAUGGCGAUGGGAUGCCACAAACAUCCAGGCCGCAAUCUUGCUGGUGGCGGCAGUGGCAGUUUCCGCCUCAGCCAAGGGGGAGCAGGAGGAGGUGGACCUCGGAGUUGGCUUCCUUCAGGGACCUCAAGAGGUUGACCUUCUCGUGCCAGAAGAGAGCCAACAGGUCUCAAUAGUGGCCGCGACAGAUCUCAAGCCGUCUGCUACAGGUUAUGGAGGUGGAAAAGGUCACAAGGCCGACAAGGGAUAUAAGGGUUCGUACCAUGACAAGGCCGGUUAUAAGGGUCACAAGGGACAUAAAGCCAACAAAGGCUACAAAGGCAGCCACUACGGCGACCAUGGAAAGGCCCACUACAAGGGAUACAAGGGCAACAACGGCAAGAAGUACAAGGGGCACCACGACAAGCACAAGUAUUACGGUGAUUCUCACAAAGGCAAAAAGGGCAAGAAAGGUCACCACUACGGAUCCAAGGGUCACCACAACAAAGGUCACAAAGACAAGGGCUUCAAGAACGUCUACCACAAGGAGGAGUACCACCACAACAAGAAGUUCUACGACGACAGCGACAAGAAGAAGUACCACAGCAAAUACGACGACUUCGACGCCUACUUCAAGGGCCACAAGGGCAACGACUACAAGGGAGGCCACUACAAGGGAGGACAUCACCACGACAAGCACGGCCACAAGGGGCACCACGAGAAGGGCAAGUACCACGAUGACCACAAGGGCCACAAGGGCCACUACGGCGACAAAGGCCACUACGGACACAAGAGUUCCUACGGCAAGAAGGGAGGACACAAGGGGUCGUAUGGCCAUGACGACCACAAGGUAUGGCCACGAUGA